AUGGCUUCCGGAAAUUUCACUGGGGUCACUGAGUUCAUUCUCACAGGUGUCUCAGACUGUCCAGAGCUCCAGAUUCCCCUCUUCCUCGUCUUUCUGGUGAUCUAUGGCCUGACCGUGACAGGGAACCUCGGAAUCAUCACCCUCACCAGUGUUGACUCUCGACUUCAAACCCCCAUGUAUUUUUUCCUUCGACAAUUGGCUGUCAUCAAUCUCGGCAACUCUACUGUCAUUGCCCCUAAAAUGCUGACCAGUUUAUUAGUAAAGAAGAAAACCAUCUCAUACUAUGAAUGUGCCACCCAAUUUGGAGCAUUCUUGUUUUUCACUGUAGCUGAGGUUACAAUGCUUGCUGUGAUGGCCUAUGACCGCUAUGUAGCCAUUUGUAAUCCCCUGCUUUACACGUUGGUGGUAUCUUGGCGGAUCUGCCUUCUGCUGGUAAUCCUCACAUACCUCUAUGGCUUUUCCACAGCUAUCGUGGUUUCACCUUGUGUAUUCUCCAUGUCUUACUGCUCUUCCAAUGUAAUCAAUCAUUUCUACUGUGAUAAUGUGCCUCUGUUAGCAUUGUCUUGCUCUGAUACUUACAUUCCAGAAACAAUAGUCUUUAUAUCUGCAGCUACAAAUUUGGUUUCUUCUCUGAUUAUAGUUCUAGUAUCUUAUUUCAACAUUGUUCUGUCCAUUCUAAAGAUACGUUCAUCAGAAGGGAGGAAAAAAGCCUUUUCGACAUGUCCUUCACAUGUGACAGCAGUCACAGUUUUUUAUGGGACACUACUAUUCAUGUAUGUGCAGCCUCGAACUAACCAUUCAUUAGAUACUGAUAAAAUUGCUUCUGUGUUUUACACACUGGGGAUCCCUAUGCUUAAUCCCAUGAUCUACAGCCUGCGCAAUAAGGAAGUGAAGGCUGCCUUAAAGAGAUUCAUGACAGAUCCAUGCUAUUCCUUUAAUCUAUGUAGUUUCAGAAUUCAGUAG